AUGUCGCAGUCCUCGACCUCGCUCUCGGCUGAGGCUGGUAAGGCUCUGGAGAGCCUGCAGGAACAUGGUUCCUCACCUCUUGUUCUCCCGGGGCAUUACGUCAACCCCUCCAUUCAGGUCAUGUCCCUGAUCACCUCCGAGCUGGGUCAGCAAAUCAGCUCGGGCUACACCUGCCAGGUGUAUCUUCCAGCCCAGCCCUGCUACUCUCCCUUCUCUGAGGUGCAACGCAUCGAUGUGACGCGUGGCCCCGCCACCUUCCCGCCCCUUUUGGAAGAUCGAGAGCACCAUGUGAUUCGGACUGCCAAAGCAGGCUUCGGCGCGGAGGUUAAUCGAGAAAUUAUCAGGGCGGCUCGCAUGCCUGAGGUGGUGGUUCUCCAGACCAUUUUGGCCUGGGAUCCACAGCACCUCCGAGUGCUCAUGCCUCGUCACUACCCUGUCCCGGUCUCUGCACUGACCACUCGUCAUGUCUUUCGCCUCAUGCAAGACAUGCGCAGGGCGAUCUCCCUGCUCCAUGACCAUGACAUCAUACAUGCUGAUGUUAGGCUAGCCAACAUCAUGCUCCGCACGGAUCCUGCCAGCUUCGUCCUCAUUGAUUACGGCGGCAGCAAGGAGACCAUUUGGCCGGUCCGUUAUGGUUACACAGUAGCAGGCCGUGGAGGCACCCAACACCGCCCUCCAGCUGAAUGCAUGAACGAAUGGUCGACCCCCUCGGUGCGGGCCCCUUACUUAUGCGGCCGGAGCGACUUCCACCGCCUGGCCUGUACUAUCCGUGAAGAAAUUCUCGGCCAGAUGGAAAGCGAGGCGGGGCAACGCCCACCCGCUGAGGAAGGCAACGCCUCCAGACGCAGGAAACGCGAUCAGCUUCGCCCACAACUCCCUCGCGAGGCCGAGCAGGAAUUGGACAUGAUGCUUGACACCACUACGUGGAAGGUCAAGCCCAAUCCUCAUAGCCUCUUCCCGCCUGGCUCGUGGCGAGACACGGCUGUCAAUCCUACCAUCAUGCUGACGGCUCACCUGUGGACUACCGAUGGCAAGUCACGCACCUGCACUACUACCUUUCGCUCGCCUGUGGAGCGCAAGGGCAACUCCAAUGGGCAUUUUGUGGACGAGCCGGACCAGCCCUCCUAUGAGCCUGGCGCCUCUCUCACAGCACAGAUCAACACUGGCUCGUGGGAACAGUCGGGCUAUCUUCCCAAGAUCUUCCUGGUCUGUGAGCUAAAGACUGAGGGACGUGGCACCCGGUCAGUGGCUCAGCAAGUCUAUCCUUGGCUUUCAUACCGCAACAGGGAUGGCAUGCUGGAGCUAGAGCCACCGCCAGGUCCACCUCGGAUGGACCCAUCCUCGGUGCAGUCCCAGAGCAACGCUCCCUCAUCAGGGGGCACUGCCCAAGCGCCACUUGCGCCGGGGCGCAUUACAUCGGACCCGCCUCCGCCUUCAACGACGCCUCCCUCCCCUAUGCUAACGGGCGUUUGGGCUGAGCCACCUAUGGAAGCGCCUGAUGCGGAGGAGACCACCGCUGCCCCCGCAGCCUCGGGAGCCCCGGAUGUUCACUUCUUCUCACCUCUUCAGGUCUUCCCGCUCGUCCACGCUCUGGAGCAACACGCUGGCACCACGGUUCCUGGAGCAGAUGGCCUCUCUCGCUCGGCUCUCUCCAACUCCAUUCAGGAUACGAUGAUCUUCUUGCAGGCUCUGUCGCUCUACUUGGAGUACCAGGAGCCGGAACCGACCCCCACUGAGCGCCAGGCCAACCCUCUCUUUUAG